CCUGGUAGCUGGCAUGUGAUCUGCUGGAUGCCAGAGAGGUAACUCUCUUGUAUGAUUGGCAAGAACCGGGGAGAGAAGAGGGGAAGAAAUUCGAAGCAAAAAAUAGAAACGAAGUCGAUGAGUCGACUAUACGUAAACAGCUCAGUGCCCUGCUAACACACUAAACCAGCAGACUGAUGCACUGCUACAUACCGCUGCCCCUAUUCGUCAGCAUUUAAAACCAUGACGUCAAGUCAUUUUACUGAACCUAGUAUGGAGUUCUUAACGUUUUUACGAUGAGGACGUUAAUUAAAUACAUGUAAAUACAAGGACCAGUUAGAAAGCCCAAAUCAACAUUUAUUAACAAUAGUUUAAGCUUACAUAGCUGGCAUAGUCAUUAGCCCAUCAAGCCUUGUAUGCCAAGUUAAGACAAUUCACAAAGUGGUUAUAGAGUGGUGGGGUUUGUAGUCCUAAAACAUGGUAAUCAGUUAUCAUGUUUGCGCAUCUGGUUACAACAGGUUUAAGAUAUUUACAUGUUUUGUUCUUAGACAUAAAACACACAGUUAAAUGUCCCGCAAUUUAAUUGUAAAGCACUAUAACGUCCUUGGCUUACCUGUCAUUAAAAAGCGCGGGGUGCUAACAAAUGGCUAACUGAGAUUACAGAGGUUAUUUGGGAAAUAGAACGCCAUCACAAUGGACAUUGAUAACUAUCUACUCACUAGGCUGUCUGUACAGAAUGACUUUAGUUACAAAGUAUUCUAACUCUAACUUUACAUCUGGUAGAUUGAUCAAUUUACAGAAGACGUUUAUAAUAAUUGUGUAGUAAAUUGUGUACCACUUGAUGUUAUGUCAUGCCACUGUGAUGAAGUCUGUUUGUGGCCCAAAAUUAAUUUUUUAGUAGAUGAAAUUUUAUUUACGCUUCAAAAAUUACAAAAGUAGAGUUCAUCUAUGGAGACUAUCUUGAUGAGCAAAAUGUCUAAGUAUCAUAUACUAGUGUUUGCCAAAGAGAUUAUAUUCGCUGUUAUUCAAAAAUCCAAUUAAAAAAUCUCAUACGUGGAGGUGAUAUGUGGAGGGACCCCUGAAGAAAUCUUCAUGACUGCAUUACGUACAUAUAAAAGCUAGCUAUGCUAGCAGCAUUGGACAGUAACAUGAGUUAGCCACACUUUGUAUUUUGGGUCAUUUUUGGAUGAAUUCAGUAACCAUGUUCACAAGUCAGUGAUAUGAAUUUACAACAACUCUGACUUCAUCAUUCUCCGUGGCAACAGCAGCUGAGGCUCAUUGAUACUGUAGUAUAGACAGAAAUCAAAUGGUUUCUCAUAACUUAAACCUGUGUGAUCAUUGUGAUGAGUUUUAUGUUCAGUAACAUUUGUUAACAAAAACACUUAAACAAUCUGUUAGCCUCCUGCCUCUUUUUUGCUAUGUUCCAUUUACUUUUCUGUACAUCUGAUUUAUGUCUCCCUCCACUGAGUGAAGAAACAAUGUUUUAACAUGUCUUGAACAUCCACUGAAACAACUUAUAAAUAAAAUCAUGAACACAAUAAAGACCAGUACACUGUUACCAGUCGCUGUGACUAAUUUUGACUGUAAGAUGAGAGGAUGAUCCCAGAGCUGAUCUAAAACUGUGGGUGUUUGUCAUUACAUUCUGUCUCUGUCUGUCCUUCAGCUGGUACAUUAGGUCAUUAAAAUGAUCAGAUAUUUGAUCCAAUGCAGGUAAACGUGAUCACAAACAGACAAACACAACACAUUCCCACUUCCUGUGUAGAGAGGAAGUUAAAAGACAUAAAACAGAGUUAAUUUUAUAAUCUCUUAACAUUGGAUAUAUGACAAGGAUGGAGGAAAGACACAAUAUCUGUAGUACAAUUACUGCAAAGUGACUCGUGUGUGUUCACCUGCUUAAUGAAGACGAUGACAGUCAUGCAGCAGAAAUAGAACAAAGCUGAGAUGUGUCGUCAUGUGGCAGCAGGCUGCAGGAAUACCAGCCGGGCUGCAUUUAAACUAUGAGGGCACGUACACACAAACACACACACACACAGGAAUGCUGCUGGAAGUUUCUGGUGGGGUGUGUGUGGGUAUAUAAGCAGCAGAGAGAUGGGAUAUCAGACAGACGGACUCCAGACUGAAGCAAAGAAUCUGAAACCAGACCUCCACCUCUACUACUCUUAGGAUGUUGUGCCCAAGCGUCUUCCAGCCUUUCCCCGUCACCAUGAGGCCUUUCCUGGACAUGAACUGGCCCAUCAGAAGCUUGUGGCCCGAGACCCGGCCCCUAUUCUACCAAAUUGAGCAGGUGAUGAUCCGCCACAUACAGGAGAUGAGGCAAAGCAUGGAGUACAUGGAGAAGCUCCACCAGAAGAUCUUCGAGGAAAUCGACCAGACCUCAACCUUGACGGGGUUGUUCAAGCCCAUCAGCUUCCAGGAGCUGGGGAAGGACAGCAGCAGCUUUGCCCUCAGCCUAGACACUCAGGAGUUCUCCCCAGAGGAGCUGUCAGUCAAACAGGUGGGCACGAAGUUGAGGGUGAGCGGCAAGACAGAGAAGAAGAAGGAGGAUGAGAAGGGCUCGUACUCCUACAGGUGUCAGGAGUUCAGGCAGGAGUUCGACCUUCCGAGCGACGUCGACCCCGAGACCGUCACCUGCUCGCUGGUGGGCGGUAAGCUGCAGAUCCAGGCACCCCGGGACAAAGCGGUGACUGACGGGAAGGAGAGGGUUGUCCCCAUCACCUUAACCUCCGCCCCGGCCAUCACCUCCUCCAGCGGGGGGACAGAGGGGAACAGCACCUCCUCCUCCUCAGAGAGCUGCCCUGCUGAGAAAAACUGAACCAUCUCAUCCAUCCGCGUCAUCACUUCCUCGGGCUUUAUUUGGUUGUUUUCCUGUCAGACAGCUGAUCAAGUGCAGGCCCGUCCCGUCCUGCAGCUCAACUCUGGCAAAAAAGAAAAAAGAAAAAAACAAACAUGACUGACAGGCAGCUGCAGGUCUUACUAUAAAUACUCAACUAUCAAGAAUAUGUAACUGGUUGAGAGAAGUAUUUCAAGUAAUCUAAAUACUGCUGAGUAAUUGAUGUAAAAACUUAAUAGGAAAAGUCACUACAGCUGUAAGCUAUAGAAGUAAAAAUACAAUAUUUCUAAACAUGUAAUGAGGUGUAAAGUACUAAAGUAAAGUAAAAGUACUUCAAAUUUGUGGGCUACUUUUGCACAGUGCAUAAGUAGUCUAAGUGCACUUAAUUACUCACUACUACUGUAUCUGACAUUUGCACUGAGAGUGGACACAGUACUCAGACAUCAUUCCUGUAAAGGUAAGAAUAUUACAGUGUAGAGAAAAUAUAUAACAAGUAAAGUUCCUGUAUUAAAGCUUUUACUUAAU